AUGAUCGCCGGCGGAAUUAAGCGUAUAUUUGAGAUGGUGCAUCUCCAACCUCUUUGUCCCAAUGGCAUAACGAACAUCACAGCUUCCAGUGGUGAGCUUGUAUAUCCUGAGUCAGGUAGUUAUGGUAAGAACGAGACCAAAUGUUGGAGCAUUACGGUUCCCGACACUUAUGCUGGCAUUCGUUAUUACUUUUCCAGGGUUGACGUAGAAAUGUGCUCUGAUUGUAAGUGCGACUAUCUUCAAAGAGAAACUACCUACAGCCAUUUGCACCAGCAGACUAAAUUAUGUGGACGAUAUAGUUACAACUAUUUACAUGGAUAUAUCCUCAACGUCGACUGGACAGCUGGAUUUUUUACCGACGUUUUUUUUGGAUCGACGGGCUAUCUUCGCUUCGUGUCGGAUGGUACUGUACAUUACACAGGAUUUAAGUUGACCUUCAUAGCCUUUUCCAUGCCAGCGGGUGAAACAAACUAUCUGAAUGCAACCGAAGGUGAAACUAUUGAUUUUGGCACACCAAAAGUCGACGUUGAGAACUACCCCUCAAAUUACGCAGAACAGUGGAUUUUAAUCGUCCCUGAGGGAAUGCAGGUGCAGAUAGACUUCGACAUAUUUGAACUGGAAGACAGUGAGGAUUGCAAAAACGACUACGUUGAGUUCCGUGAAGCAUCCAUCAUGGUUGGUGAUCCUAAAACAAUCUCUGGCGCUUACGGUCCAAUCCUGACAGGACGCCUGUGUGGAAAUGCAAAGCCAAAAUCGAUACUGAGUCAAGGGAACAUGGUUUGGGUUCAGUUCCUGAGUGACAGAAACUCCACUACCGUAAACAAGGGAUUCAAAGCUUCUUUUAAAGCAGAACAGGGAAGCGGAUUGCUUGUAAGCCGUCCAAUGAUGCUUCUGCAUUUCUCAGCUUUCAUCACGCAUGUGUCAAAGAACAACUUGUUCUAGUCCUGUCAAGUGUAUCCGGGAGAUGUCUCCAGGUCGCUGAAGUUUUGAAUCAUAUGCAUUUAGCUUAACUCUGAUUGUGGACUGAAAAGUCUUUAUAUCAAGGAUUAGAGUGUGAAGUUUUGUCCCGGGAAUCUUUCUUUUAGGUCAUUUUAAGCUCUCAGAGGAUCGAGUUUAUCUGUGUGUUGUGGUUUUUAUUUUUGUGAUAAAAGUUGUUCAGUUUACUUUUAGAGCUAAAUCGAUUUCAUUUGUACGCAU